AUGGCUGCUUCUGAGAUCCCAAAGAAACAAAAGGCUGUCAUCUAUGACGAGCCCGGCACUGUGUCUACAAAGGUGGUGGAAAUCGAUGUUCCCGAACCUGGGCCAGGCGAUGUGCUGAUCAAUCUGACGCACUCUGGUGUUUGCCACUCUGAUUAUGGCGUCAUGACAAACAGUUGGAGUAUACUUCCAUUUCCCACACAGCCUGGACAAGUUGGCGGUCAUGAGGGUGUUGGAAAGAUUGUCAAGCUCGGAUCUGGAACUGAAUCAUCUGGUUUGAAAGUUGGAGAUAGAGUUGGGGUUAAAUGGCUUUCCAGUGCAUGUGGAAACUGCCAACCGUGUCAAGCCAGUUUCGAUGGACUCUGUGUCAACCAGAGAGUUUCCGGAUACUACACCCCUGGUACAUUUCAGCAGUACACCUUGGGCCCGGCCAACUACGUGACACCAAUUCCGGAUGGUCUGGCUUCUGACGAGGCCGCUCCUAUGCUCUGCGCAGGUGUGACUGUCUAUGCUGCCCUUAAGCGAAGCAAUACACGGCCAGGACAAUGGAUCGUAAUAUCUGGCGCUGGCGGUGGUCUGGGCCACCUGGCAGUCCAACUGGCAAGCAAAGGCAUGGGAAUGCGUGUGAUUGGCGUCGACCAUGGCAGCAAGGAAGAACUGGUCAAGGAAUCUGGUGCGGAGCAUUUCGUGGACAUUACUAAAUUUCCGAUUGAUGACAAGGGGGCCGCUAUUGCUGAGCAUGUCAGAUCUCUGGCAGAUGGGCUGGGAGCCCAUGGUGUGGUUGUAUGCACAGCAUCCAAUAUCGCCUAUGCCCAGGCUCUUCCCUUCCUACGGUUUAACGGUACAUUGGUUUGCGUGGGUAUUCCGGAACAUGAGCCCCAGGCCAUUGCUACCGCGUUCCCGGGAUCUCUGAUCGGCAAGCAUUAUAAUAUCACCGGUUCGGCUGUUGGAAAUCGGAGGGAAGCCAUCGAGACGCUGGAGUUUGCAGCGCGAGGUGUUAUCAAGACUCAUUUUCGAACAGAGAAGAUGGAGGCAUUGACUGGUAUUUUUGAGGAGAUGAGCCAGGGUAAAGUUCAGGGUAGAGUGGUUUUGGAUUUGUCUUAG